ACCUUUUAGCCCCCAACUCAUUUCUUUAUUUUAUUAAUUAGUCUACACUGAUGUGUGUAGCUUGUAUGACUAUAGUGGUUGACUAGUUCUCUUAUUGAACUCUCUAGAAUAAUAUAUUUUAAUAUUGAUUACAUUGUUUAAGCUUGUGUUUGUGGUGAGUUUUUAUUCUUUCUCAAUUGGGAAUCAAAUCAUAUUGGAAUAAGUGCUAGGUUCAGAAAAUAUUGUACUUUUCUGUUUUGGUUUAUGGGUUGAGGUUUCCUAGUUAGGACAACUGCUGUGCUGACACUAAUGGGGUAUCUAAUUUCAGAUUCUUGCUCUGAGGCUCAUAUUGGAACUCCUUGUUUUGCCAAGUUCUUAUUUUUUGAGGAUUCUUGCAUAAAAUCUUGAAUUUUUAUCUUCAAGAUUUGGGAUUUAAGCUUCAUUUUUUAUGUUGCAUAUGUUGACAGGUUUUUUGUUUUGGGAGGAACUGUGAGGUGGAUUUUUUUUAACACAACUACAAAAUCUGGGCGGCCAAAGCUACACGGUAGGCUAGCUCAAGCCGUGCUUGCUGGAAGGUAGUGAUGGAGGCCCGAGUGAAAAGGAGAGUGUUUCUCUUAUUAGUUUCAUGUAUAUGGGUGCCUAUGGAGGUUCUUGGUGGGAUUGAUAAUGUCACUGUCUCUUCCUUGUCUUGGCCAAAAGUGGUGAAGUUUGGAGCUUUAUUCACAGUAAAUUCAGUGAUCGGAAGUUCUGUAAUGCCCGCCAUUUUAGCUGCAGUCGAUGAUGUUAAUGCUGAUUCUACAGUACUUAGUGGGACCAAAUUGGACGUCGUAACACAGGAUACAAAUUGCAGUGGAUUCAUAGGCACUAUUGAUGCUUUGCAGCUGAUGGAAAAAGAAGUCGUUGUUGCGGUGGGUCCGCAAUCCUCUGGAAUAGCACAUGUCAUUUCUCAUGUAGUGAAUGAACUUCGUGUCCCACUUUUGUCUUUUGCAACUGAUCCUACUCUUUCCUCUCUUCAGUACCAAUAUUUUCUUAGAACUGUCACAAAUGAUUACUUCCAGAUGUAUGCUAUUGCUGAUCUGGUUGAUUAUUAUGGAUGGAAGGAGGUUAUAGCCAUAUUUGUUGAUGAUGACAACGGUAGAAAUGGGAUAUCGGUGUUGGGUGAUGCCCUUGCAAAGAAGCGGACCAAGAUCUCUUAUAAAGCAGCCUUUUCUCCUGGAGCUACUAUGAGUGAUAUCGAUGACUUGUUAGUUAGUGUGAACCUUAUGGAGGCACGGGUUUAUAUUGUUCAUGUAAAUCCUGAUACUGGAUUGUCAUUUUUUUCGAAGGCGAAAAAAUUGGGAAUGAUGAGCAGUGGUUAUGUUUGGAUUGCUACUGAUUGGCUUCCAUCUGUUUUGGAUUCAUCAGAUUUUAAUAAAGAUACUAUGGACGUACUACAAGGGGUUGUCGCACUUCGCCAUCACACUCCAGAUUCUGAUAAGAAAAAAACAUUUACAUUUCGAUGGAAAAAUUUGAAGAGUAUAAAAACUUCAAGGUUCAAUUCUUAUGCACUCUAUGCUUACGAUACAGUUUGGUUGGUCGCCCGUGCUCUCGACCUUUUCUUCAAGAAUGGUGGAAAUGUCACUUUCUCUGAUGACCCCAGUUUGCGUGAUACCAAUGGAAGUUCUCUGAAGUUGUCAUCCCUCCGAGUCUUUGACCAAGGACAGAAACUACUCCAGAUACUUGUUGGCAUGAACUUCACAGGUCUAACUGGUCAGAUUCAGUUUGAUCCUCAGAAGAAUUUGAUUCAUCCAGCAUAUGAUGUACUUAACGUAGUUGGAACUGGAUUACGCACUAUAGGUUACUGGUCAAACUAUUCUGGUCUCUCUGUUAUAACACCCGAGGUUUUAUAUACAAAGCCUGCAAACACUUCAACAAGUAACCAACAGCUAUAUAAUGCUAUAUGGCCUGGAGAAACUAUAAGACGACCUCGAGGAUGGGUGUUCCCCAAUAAUGGAAAGCCCCUGAGAAUUGCCGUUCCUUUCCGUGUCACUUUUGAAGAGUUUGUGAAGAAAGACAAAGGACCUGCUGGGGUGAAAGGAUAUUGCAUUGACGUUUUUGAGGCUGCAAUAGACUUGUUGGCUUACCCUGUCCCUCAUGUCUACAUUUUGUACGGAGAUGGAAAAAGAAACCCGUCUUUCAACAGCAUAGUGAAUGAUGUUGCACAAAAUAAAUAUGAUGCAGCUGUUGGAGAUAUUGCAAUUACGACAAAUCGCACAAGGAUUGUGGACUUCACACAGCCUUAUAUGGAAUCUGGACUCGUCGUAGUUGCUCCUGUCAAAGAGACCAAAUCCAGUCCUUGGGCUUUCCUUAAGCCAUUUACAAUUCAAAUGUGGGGUGUAACUGGGGUAUUCUUCCUCUUUGUUGGUUGUGUUGUUUGGAUUCUUGAGCAUCGGAUGAAUCCUGAAUUCCGCGGUCCACCGAGGAAACAACUCAUUACAGUGUUCUGGUUUAGUUUCUCAACCAUGUUUUUCGCGCACAGAGAGAACACAUUGAGCACCUUGGGACGCUGUGUGCUGAUCUUCUGGCUCUUUGUGGUUUUAAUCAUCAAUUCGAGCUAUACAGCUAGCUUGACAUCUAUCCUUACAGUGCAGAAGCUGUCUUCAGGAGUUGCUGGAAUUGACAGUUUAAUCUCAAGUCCUGAUCCUAUAGGAGUCCAGGAUGGGUCAUUUGCAUACAAUUAUCUCAUUGAUGAGCUACAUGUUCCAAAGUCACGGCUCCGAAUAAUAAAAAGUGAAGCUGAAUAUGUUAGCGCCCUCCAGAAUGAUCCAAAAGGUGGUGGUGUUGCUGCCAUUGUCGACGAGCUCCCUUAUGUUGAGCUUUUUUUGUCUAAUAGCAAAUGCAUAUUCAGGACUGUAGGACAGGAGUUCACAAAGAGCGGAUGGGGCUUUGCAUUUCAAAGAGACUCUCCUCUGGCUAUUGAUUUGUCAACUGCUAUCCUUCAACUAUCAGAAAAUGGUGAAUUACAAAGGAUCCAUGACAAAUGGCUAUCUAACAAUGAGUGCUCUUCACAAAACAACCAAGUCGACGAUACUCGCCUUUCUCUCAGUAGCUUCUGGGGACUUUAUGUGAUCUGUGGUGGUGCUUGCACCGUUGCUCUUGUAGUGUUUAUCUGCAGGGUUUACUGUCAAUUCCUCAGGUAUGACCCCGAGACAGAGGAACCGGAGAUCAGUGAACCUGAAUCUGCAAGGUCUAGUAGGCGUUCCCUACGGUCACGUAGCUUCAAGGACUUGAUGGGCUUUGUUGAUAAAAGAGAAGCUGAGAUAAAAGAAAUGCUCAAACGUAAGAACAGUGACAACAAGAAACAGAUAAGUCAUAUCUCAGAUGUGCAACAGAACUCUCCUGUUUAAAAUGUUGUUGGGUUGAUGUGCUUUUGUUCAAUGCAUCAAGCUAUAUAUGUAUAUGACAUUUGCAAUUGCUAUUUUAUGUAACUUAUUUGUCAUAAAAACUUAGGUAGAUUAGAAUGAAAAAUAUCUUUGUAGGCUAUUUAGUAUGAAAAGACUAAAUAACAGAUGUGGUCUAGUGGUCAAUGAAGUGAUUGUGAAUCUAAGGUUUUAGGUUCAAAACUGAGUGGAGACAAAAAAACACAAGUGAUUCUUUCCAUCUGUUCGAGUCUUGAUGGACAGAGUUACUUGGUACCUGUUAUUGGUGGAAGUGACAAAUAUCCCGUGGAAGUGACGAAAGUUGGUUCCGGACACCAUAGUAAUAAAAAAGUGGCUAUAUUAUAUUGUAUAAAUGAUUGAUAUAGAGGGACAAUUGUAUUCAAAGUUUAAUCAUCUGUUUUCCUUUUUUGGGUACUAUUGCAUUUUUAGUAAAUAAAUUUUAUAACUUCCAUUUA